CGAGCUUUGUUUUCGCAGCAGGGGCAAACUAGCUAUUAGGUUGACUCGAAGUAACAUUUCUCUGUCAUGAUUUUAUGCCGUAGUGUUUUGUAAACAUUUUGCCAAGACUUAUAUCGUGACAUGAAAGUCAGCACGCUCGUACGCCGUCAUGGUGGGCCACAUAUCAAUCUUUAGGGAUUGCACAUAUCAACUGGAAUGGAUUUACCCUCAAAAAACAUGUACGACACAUUCAAACAUGAAAUCUGGAGAGAUCUGGGACCACUGGACCCUGACUGGUUUGAGGCACUGACAGCUCAGACAGUCACUAAUGAGGGAAGUGUCUCUGAUCAAGAUGAGCUGUGUGCUAACCAAGAGGGGAAUUUUAAAACACCCUUUGAUAAAACUACAGUAGGUCAGCUGUUUUCAACUCCCAAAGUUUUCAGACACUGUAGAGUUGUAUCACCUGAAACUGAGGAUGAGCACUCUUUCACUGCUGAACACGAAAAACAAACCAUGCCAUGGACGGUAACACAAAGUCCAUGUUUGUUUCCAGGGGUCCCAGGUGCUAAAUAUGGAGGUAUCCAGCCUUACAGUCAGGACAGUUUUGAUCUGCUUCAUACACCACAAAAAUCCCCAGUCAGCCAUGCCAAGCUUAUAUCUGAAAGUCUUGGUGCACAGAUUCAUCCAGAUAUGUCAUGGACCAGUUCUCUGAAUACCCCAUCAGCAGUACCAUCCACCCUGAUUUUAUCUAAAACUGAUGAGAGUCCCUGCCCAGUGAGUGUUUCUGCAGACAAAAAUGUUGUUUUUGUACGUAAGCUUUUCCCUUCUCUUUCAAAUGCUUCCGAAGUUGUGUCACCCAAAAACAAUGACAUGCCUACCCUUCACCAAGGUGUUGUUUCCCCUGAGGCUGGUCAGAAUCCAGAGCCCCAUGACUCCCCCCAGAGUUCACUGAAUCAGAGUGACAGUGUUUGGAGACAGAAGCUACCAGAUACCACUGAGGAGGGAGAAAUUCGCAGCACCAUAGCAGGUGUUCUUGAUGGAGCUGAAAAUGUGCUCUCUAUAUUUUUCACUAGCAGUAGUUCAGCACUGAGGAAAGUGAAAACUGACAGAAUCAAAAGAAAGCAAAUAAUUCCAACAAUAGAACAUGGCUGCAGCUCUACAGAGAUCUCAACAGCAAACAACGAUGCAUCCAGUGAACAGAGAACAGCUGAUCAGGAACAUGGCAGAUUUCCCUCAUCCCCACCAGUAAAAACUGGAGAAUAUGGAAUCACCCAGUGGUCUCCAUUGAGUUUAUCUGAUAUUCCACCUAGUACUGUGGAUACUUGCCAUGAUAAUAGUCUUACAAGACAAGUGGAUAACAAUAUCAUACCAGGACAACUGUGGAAUGACACUUCUUUUGGCCAGCUAAGGCCACCUGUGAAAAUCUCAGACUCUGGAUUUACUAAGAGAAAAUUUGUUUACACUGUUGACUCUUUGAAACUGCAAGUUCAAGGAAAAGAAACACAGUCUCAGAAGAUGGACUCAUCACCACGGAUUCCAGAUUCUGGACAAGAAGUGUAUAUGAAGCAGUUGGGGAAAGCUCCAGACGAAGCAGACUGUUGCAGUAUCCGAAAGAAUGAGAUGGAAAAACAGGGAAAUCUUGCUGAAGAAAAUCUACCUCCUUCCGUACAAGCAAAAGUCCAGGAUCUCGACAUGUCACAGCUUUGCAGAGAUUUUGCACAAGACUUUAGUCAAAUGUCAGACACAGGUAAACUGAGUAAAGUAGCAGAGGAUACUCCUCGAAAUGGCUUCUGUCCAUCAGCUUGUCUGUCAGCCAUGAAACGAGAGAAGCAGAAAGCAAGGCAAGCAAACCUUCACCAUGACUGUGAUGGUGUCAGUAACAGAAGAAAUGUUUCUGCCACUAAUAACUCCAUUAAUGAGGGCACAACAAGUGACAGUGGAUUUCACUCAGCAGAUAUCACUCCCAUGACUGCAUCAUCAUUUGUUCUUAGCUCAGAGAACAAUCGUCAACAGUGGACUGGCUUUAAAACUGAUAUCCACAAGACUACUCCUUUUCAAUCUACAAAUAAAAGAAAUGGAAAACCACAUUCAGAUGAUAUUUUACAAGAAGCUAAAACUGAUGCCAAGUUGUCCACUGCAAUCAAGAAAAGCCAGACAUUGGGCCCUGGCAAAGAGAAUGAGUUGCAUAUAGAGUGCACAUCAGCACAACUAUCCAGCAGUGCAAAAGGAACUGUUAAUAACAUUAAUUGCAUUCCACUUAAUGGUCAAGCUGAUGGCAGUCUGCCAGAGAAAACAGUUUCUCUUCCUUACGUCCAUGCAUCGGGAUUCAAGACCGCUUCAAAUAAGCGUAUACCGAUUUCCUCAGCCAACCUGGAGAGAGCCAAGUGUCUCCUUGAAGAGACUGAAGGGGAAAGAACCUCAAGUGAUCAGCACAUCAAAUGUGCACCUGACUCCAAAGCUAAAAUUAGCAGUCAUGGAUCAGUGAAAAAUACAUCUAACUCAAACCAACCACCUACUUCAAGUGAAAAAUGUGUGGAUAUUAGUUGCCAGUUAACAGCUUCACAAAAAGCUGAUGUGACUGAGCUGUGCACUCUCAUGGAAGAAGCUGAUAGCCAGUUUGAAUUUACACAGUUCAAAACUGCAAAGCUAAAACAACAUUGUCAAGAUAAUACCACCUCUCCCAAAAAAGUUGACAAAGAACUUGACCCUGACUUUCUUACCGGUAUAGAUUUUGAUGACAGUUUUAGUUCAGAUGCUGAAAAGCACCUGGUAGUAACUGACAAAAUGACCUUAGAUUCAGAUGGUAAAACAAAUUGUGAAACAGCAAACAUCAAAUCCACAGGUUUUUCAGUGUCAAGUGCAAUGAAACAAGAAAAUCCCUCAGCUGAAGAUGUGUCUUCCUCUUCAAAUCACAUCUCUGAAUGCAGUCACAGUAUGAUGUCAGCUGGACCCAAGAAUUGUGACAGAGCUGGACCCAUUGAAACAAGCAAGGUUGAGAACAACAAUCCCUUGAUGCUUGGUGCGGGAUUUAAGACUGCAGGAGGAAAUGUUUUGAGAGUUUCAAAAAAGUGUCUGAGUAAAGCUAAAGCUUUGUUUGCAGAUUUAGAGGAGGACCUUGUGACAAGCAAAAAAUUGCCGGACAAGCAAAGUAGUGAAAGUGACGCUAAAACACAACAAAGGCACAGUGUAGAUAAUCAUGCUGGCAACCUUUUGCAUCAUAAAGAGGAUAAAUGGAAGUUCAGAGGUUAUGAUAAUAAUACCAGGGGGAUGAUUCAGGGCUGUUUUUCCAACAAGAAGGAGUCUGUCUGUUCAGUCAGACCAGUGACAGGGAUUAGAGAUGAAGACACUACAAAAUGUCUUAAAAACGUCAAAAUGGACACAACCACAUGUCAAAGUGGGUUCCAGAUGGCCAAUGGAAAAGGGAUUUCUAUUUCAACAAAAGCUAUGCAAGAGUCAGAUGCUUUCUUCAAAGACUGUGACGUUAUUGACAGUAACGCUGGCAUGUCAGGAAAACAUAAGAGCAUGGAACCCUUGCCUGGAAGUGUCAGUCACAAGAAAAACCUUGUGAAAUUUAAAAAUGUUCAAGGGAUGAAAGUAAACUUUUCUGAAGAACCAGUCAAUGAGCCUGAUGUGGAGGUUCACAAUCUUGCUUUUAAGAAUGCACCGACAUUGAUGACUGCUGCUUCUUUCCAUGGAAACCCAUCUUCAACUGCAAAGGCAUUUUCAUCCCCCUCAUGCACAACAUCAAAAAAUACUGGCUCUUCCAUCAAUGAGUUAAGCAAUAGUGGUGGAUUCUGUACAGCCAGUGGGAAGAAAGUAUCCAUUUCAGCUGAUGCAUUGAAACAAGCAGAGGGUGUUUUGAAUGAAAUUCAUACACUUGAGGAAACAAACAAACAAGUAAAGAAGAAAGGAGACUCUUUAAAAACCGGUCAUCUCACCAAUCAAAUUUGGGUUUCACCACAUAAAAAUAGUGGAUUUCAGACAGCCAGUGGUAAAGGAGUUACCAUUUCAUCUGCAGCUCUAAAGAAAGCAAAAACUCUGUUAAGUGAAUGUGAAGGAGCUGAUGAAGAUAAAAUUGGUGUAGGACCAACACAUUCCAAGCUUCCAAUUCAUGGUCCACCCCCCAGGGAUAGUGGAUUUCUUGCAGCCAGUGGUAGACCACUGGCCUUUUCAUCUGAAGCCCUCCAGAAGGCUAAAGCUCUGUUCAGUGACAUCAGUUUCAGUACAGAGAGCUCACCUGUUUCAGACACAAGGAACAAUGACAAGACACAAGACAAUGCUGAAAAUACAGAGAGAAUGCAUUGUGGUUUCUCAACUGCGGGGGGGGGGAAAGUCCAUGUGUCUCAGAAAAAUCUGUUGAAAGCAAAACACAUUUUGAAAGAGGUAGAUGAUGCAGAUGCUUCCUUCAGGGACUGUUACAUUAUGGACGGAAACAAUGGCAUGUCAGUAAAACGUAAGGAAAGUAUAGCACCUGUGAGUGGAACUGGCAGCGAGAAGAAAAUCUUUUCAAAAUUUAAACCACAUCAGAAGGUGACAAACAUUUUGGAAGAGCCUAGAAGUGGACACACUGAGUUUGAAAAUGUGAACAUUGGAACAGUUUUAACGCAUGAAAAGAUGCUGCCUCUUAAUGUAGAGAUUAACAAAGAUGUUUUCAAGAACACACCGGAUUCUACCGAGACAGUUUCUUUACAUGGAGACCCAUCUUUGAUGGCAAAGCCACUUUAUUCCCCGUUGUGCACAUCAAAGAACAUUGGUGCCUCUGCCAUCAGUGAGUUAAACAGUGGUGGGGGAUUCUGUACAGCCAGCGGAAAGAAAGUAUCCGUGUCUGAUGACGCAAUGACAAAAGCAAAGUCUCUUUUGAAUGAAAGUGCUACAUUUGAGGACACAAACAAACAACUGAAACAAAAAGAUGACACUUUGCCUCCACAGAACGGUGGAUUUCAGACAGCCAGUGGAAAAGGAGUUGCCAUUUCAUCUGCAGCUCUAAAGACAGCAAAAACUCUGUUACGUGAAUGUGAAGGAGCUGAUGAAGAUAAAAAUGGUGUAGGACCAACACAUUCCAAGCUUCCAGUUCAUGUUCCACCACCCAAGAAUGGUGGAUUUCUUGCAGCUAGUGGUAGGCCACUGGCCUUUUCAUCUGAGGCCCUUCAGAAGGCUAAAGCUCUGUUCAGUGACAUCAGUUUCAGUGCAGAGAUCCCACCUGUUUCUGACACUGUCCAUUCUGAUGUUCGAAACAAUCCUGAAAAGAUACACUGUGGUUUCUCAACUGCAGGGGGAACAAAAGUCCAUGUGUCACAGAAAAAUCUCUUGAAAGCAAAGAACCUUUUGAAUGUAUUUGCUGAUGGGGAGUGUCAUGAUUCAAGCUCAUACUCAAACCCACAUGACACAGAUAAGUCAGAUCUUUCAAAAGAGAAAAGAUCUUCAGAUUAUAAUCUUACCUCUUCCAGUGACAAAGAUAUGCCUACUAAUGAAAGUGCCACUCAGAUUGUCAAAUCUUUAACCUCUUUGCAAGAGACUGACCAUACAAAUGCCUUUAAGUUUAAAGAACUCAAGAUUACCCCAUUAAUGGUGGGCAAACCCCAUGACAGCCCUGGAGAGGAACUGACUGGUGUGUUGGACUAUGAAAUAAAUUGGACAAGCAGCAGUGACGUAUCUAAGGUCAAAAGGACAGAAAGGUCUUCAGUUCUUAACUUUCAGUCACUAAACCUAAGAGGCUGUUCUGAAACCCAGGAGAGGUUUCUUGCUCAGGAAGCUCUCGACUGCACUAUGGCUUUGUUAGAGGAUGAAAGUCUAGCUAGCCAAAUUCCCUCAAUGACUUCAGAAAACUUGCCACUCCAAGAUUAUCCUAUAUCCGGCAACCGAUCUGUAGAGGAACAAAAAGGAAGAGGGAAAAGACUGUUAGAGGAAUCAAACAUGACGGGUCAGCCUCCCCUGAAAAGGCGGUUACUGGAAGAAUUUGACAGGACUGUUGAUGGUCCAAGAGGUUCAACAGUCCAUCCAGAAAAAAGUAGUCCAAAUGGUGUGAUGAAAGACAGGAGAGUUUUCAAGUACAGUGUCCCUCUUCAUCCAAACAUCACAAGGCCACACUGGAGUGGAAAGAACUAUGUGGAAGCUACAUUACAAAAGACAGCUCCAAAACAACACUUAACCCCGGGAGACUGCAGAUCAGCACAUUCCAAAAAGCCAGCGUUUGUUCCUCCUUUGUUCAAAAAUGCAAAGGCAGAGAGUUGCAAGAACACAGUGCUCAAAGACAGCAUAAGAACACCUUCUGCAUUUGUUCCUCCAUUCAAAAAACAAAGAACUAUUAUCCAAGAGAGCUCCUCUAAACCACAGGAGGAGGAGGGUAAACAACACCAUCUCUUAGUAACACCCAUUAACAGUAACACUUAUGUACCACCCACUAAAAAAACACAAAACACUACAGCUGUAACUGGUCAUAAAAGCAAAGACAUUCAGAGUGUGGCCUUAACUGACACUGCAAAUGAUAACCUGAUGCAUCUUCAAAAAGUUCCUGUUGGCUGUGGAUCAGACAGUUCUGCUACAGAGUCAUCACAUGUGGAUAAUACAUUGUCCAGAAGCCAAGACAUGUUUCAGAAUCUUCAUAACAUAGGGCUGGCACGAGAUAUGCAAGACAUGAGGAUCAGGAAAAAGAAGCGACAGACCAUUCGACCUAUACCGGGCAGUUUGUUUCUAACGAAAACCUCCGGAGUGUCGAGGAUAUCUUUAAAAGCUGCAUUAAAUGGAAGGCCUCCUUCAAGAUACACCCCAAAACAGCUGUAUCGACAUGGAGUUCAUCAGCAUGUGUGUGAGAUCACCAGUGGGACUGCAGAAUCUCUUCGCUUCAAUUUACAGCAGUUCAUCAAACAGGAAGCAUUUUUAGAUGGAGGGGGUGUUCAGCUUGCUGAUGGCGGAUGGCUGAUCCCCAGCAAUGAUGGGACUGCAGGGAAAGAAGAGUUCUAUAGAGCGUUAUGUGACACCCCGGGUGUGGAUCCUAAACUGAUCAGUGAGGAGUGGGUUUACAAUCACUACCGAUGGAUUGUGUGGAAGCAGGCCUCCAUGGAAAGAUCAUUUCCAGAAACAAUGGGCAGCCUCUGUCUCACGCCAGAGCAGGUUCUCCUACAACUGAAGUACAGAUAUGAUACAGAGGUGGACCACAGCUGCAGGCCGGCUCUGAGAAAGAUCAUGGAGAAGGACGACACAGCAGCCAAAACCCUGGUCCUCUGCGUUUGCGGUGUCGUUUCCAGGGGUCACUCCCCAAAAAGACAGCGUUUCAGUGACACCAAGACGCCAGAAGGUGUUGAUGCCAAGGUUGAAAACCCUUCUGCAGUUGUUUGGCUGACAGACGGAUGGUAUGCCAUAAAAGCCCUGCUGGAUGAACCUUUGACUGCCAUGCUUCACAAAGGUCGACUAGCUGUCGGGGGGAAGUUGAUCAUCCACGGGGCGCAGCUGGUGGGAUCACAAGAUGCUUGCUCCCCUUUGGAGGCACCUGACUCUCUCAUGUUAAAGAUUUGCGCCAAUAGCAGCAGACCCGCUCGAUGGGAUGCUAAACUGGGAUUUCACAGGGAUCCACGGCCAUACCUGCUUCCUGUCUCCUGUUUGUACAGCAAUGGAGGACCAGUAGGAUGUGUGGACAUCAUCAUACUGAGAAGCUACCCCAUACAAUGGAUGGAGAGGAAACUAGAUGGAGGCGUUGUGUUCCGUUCAGUUCGCGCAGAAGAGAAGGAGGCGAGACGAUACAACAGCCACAAACAAAAAGCUAUGGAGAUCCUGUGUGCCAAGAUUCAAGCUGAAUUUGAAAAGGAGGAGAAAAGUAACAACAAACCUCAGCGUAGAAGGCAGACAGUCAGUCAUCAGGAUAUUGCAAGUCUUCAAGAUGGAGAGGAGCUCUAUGAAGCAGUUGGGGAUGACCCAGCUUACCUUGAGGUUCACUUGAGUGAACAGCAGUUGGAGACUCUACAUAACUACAGGCGUUCUCUGAUGGAAAAGAAGCAGGCUGAACUGCAGGAUCGGUACCAACGAGCUGUAGAAAAUGCAGAAAACGGCGAAGGUGGCUGUCCUAAGCGAGACGUUACACCUGUGUGGAGACUCUGCUUUGCUGACUCCAUGGACCAACCCGGCAGUGUUUACCAGUUGAACCUUUGGCGACCGUCCUUGGAUCUUCAGUCUCUACUGAAGGAAGGUUGUCGAUACAAAGUGUAUAACCUUACCACUUCAGAUGGAAAGAAACAUGGUGGUAGCUCAACUGUUCAGCUGACUGGGACAAACAAAACACAGUUUCAGGACAUACAGGCUUCUCCGGAAUGGUUAUUAACACGUUUUCAACCGAGGGUCUCAAGCUCUUUUGUGGAUCUUCAAAACCCAGAAUUCCAGCCGCUGUGUGGAGAGGUUGAUCUCACAGGAUAUGUCAUCAGUAUCGUAGAUGGACAGGGUUCCUCUCCUGCAUUUUAUUUGACUGAUGAGAAACUGAACUUUGUUAAAGUGCGCUGUUUUAGCAGCUUGUCUCAGUCUGGCUUAGAAGAUGUGGUAAAACCUUGUGUGCUGUUGGCUCUGAGCAACCUGCAGCUGAGAGGUCAGUCCACAUCUCCCACUCCUGUUGUGUAUGCUGGAGAUCUCACUGUCUUCUCAACAAACCCCAAGGAAGUUCAUCUACAGGAAUCCCUUCACCAACUCAGAAACCUGGUCCAGGGUCAAGAGAACUUCCUUCUUACUGCUGAGGAGAAACUUUCACAUUUAGUCAAAUGUGAUGGCCUGAGCUCCAUCUCUUCUCCAGCUCUACAAACAAGGACCCCAGUUUCUACAAUGGACAGAAGACGAGAAACAAGAACAAGUGUGUCAUUUCAGCAGCCAGUCAGAAGUCUUGGAUCCUUCACACCCGUCAGCAGGAACCCUCCUGCACCAAACUGUUCAGCAGAGAAAGACCCGAGCAGCCUGAAGAGGAGGAGAGCUCUGGACUAUCUGUCUCGUAUCCCGUCUCCACCCCCUCUCUCCCAUCUGGGCUCAGUGGCUUCUCCAUGUGUAAAUAAGACAUUCAACCCCCCUCGGAGGUCUGAGACACCUAGCACUUUAAAAACUGUACAGACUCUAGCUCGCAAACCUGUCGAUUUACCGAUGGAGGACGAGUGGGUGAAUGACGAAGAACUGGCUAUGAUUGAUACUCAAGCAUUGCUUGAUGGUGAUUUACUGUAGGUACAUAAGACUGUAUGAUGAUAAGCAUGCUACAGCUUUUAAAAACGUGUACAAAUGACUGAAUGUAAAGGCUGCGUAUGGCAAAUAUUCUGUGUUGUUUUGUAGUCUUGCUCAGCUCAUUAAAGAUGUGAAGUCACUUCACAACAGUAAAAUCA